AUGACGCAGAGGCUGUCUAGAUCUGAAAAAGGGAAGUGGGUACCGGACCCUAACAAGCAACCCCGACGUCCUCCAAUUCUCAUUCCAGAGCCAGAGAACAACUCCCUGGUGGAAGCUAACAAAUUUACUCUCAUUGGACGGGUCACGAACCCACACAUUCGGAAACUACGAGCUCUGGUGGACUUCUUUUUGCAACAUUGGUCCGUCGCUGGACAGUAUACAGGCAGAGAUCUCGGACCUUACCUCUUUCAGUUCACAUUCGAAUCUGAGCGUGACAUGCAAACCAUUCUUAAUAAGGCGCCCUUUCAUUUUAAGAGAUGGAUGCUGAUCUUACAAAGAUGGGAGCCCAUUGUCUCUGAUGAUUUCCCAGCUACUAUCUCCUUCUGGAUCCGAGUCCAUGGAAUUCCUCUGCACUACUGGACCGAACAAGCACUCCACACGAUUGGCUCUGAGCUUGGAGUGGUGGAAACCAAAGACGUGCAACAGGGUAGAGUAAGAGUCCAUGUCAAUGGGCUUAAGCCACUGGAGAUGCUACUGGACAUUACCCUUGCUGCGGGAGGUACAAAACAAGUUGAGAUUGAGUAUGAAAAGCUAGAAAAACAUUGUUUCCUCUGCAAAUCCCUCUCACAUGAGCAGGAUGAUUGCCCUCAGAAACGCAACUUUGGCGGCCCCAACACAGAGAAGAAAGAUAUCAACUACUCAAAAACCAUGGAAAGCCUUGAUUCCUACAGAAGAGCAAAGGAUGACAGAAAGGAAGAGAUGAACCGUAGCUCUUACUAUCAAAACAGAGUAAUGGACAGCCGACCUUAUUAUAGGUCUCGGGAGGAUUUGUAUGCAACCCCUAGGGGAUCAAGGCAAAGGACUCCACCCCGGCUGCACUCCAAUCGAGACUACUACAACAAAGAUGCUUCCAGCGCUCUAUUGGUAGAUAGAGACAGAGCUAACCCACCCCAUUACCGAUGA